AUGACAAAAAAGUUGAAAAACGAUUUCCUAAAAGUAUUUAAAGGGGAAGACUUGAGGGAAGUUAUGAGAUUGUACAAAGAGAAAUGGAGAUUUCCAGCAUGUGCAGGUGCUAUCGAUGGUACCCAUAUUUCCAUUCAAGCUCCCCUGGAAAACCGUACUGAUUACAUAAACAGGAAAUCUUAUCACAGUAUAGUGAUGCAGGCACUGGUGGAUUCAAAGUAUUUAUUUCGAGAUGUCAUCAUUGGUUGACCAGGCAGUGUCCAUGAUGCCCGAGUGCUGUCCAACUCAGAGCUUUACAAUCGUGGAUGCAAUGGGCAACUUUUUGAUCCCAGCAUCAAAGAAUCAGUACUCGGUGUUGAUAUGGGCCCCUUGAUUCUUGGGGACCCAGCUUACCCGUUUUGGACUGGCUAA